CAGUGCCACGACCCUCGGCAGCUCCAGCCUAGAACUGAAGCUCCGCUGGGACGAAGACCCGAGCGGAGCUAAGGGGGCAGCAGCAGCCGCGUUCUCAGCGGGGGCAGAGCAGACCCAGUGCGGAGCCGCCACCCAGGCGCGUUGCUCUCCUGGUCGCGUCUCCCAGCACUGCUGCCCGCCUUUGGCUAACAGUGCAGCCGCGAGACUCGACACACAAAAGCGGCUUUCUCCGCGCAGCCCGCCCAGUGAGGCUGCGGCCAGCAAGGGACCCCACCUGAGGGUGGCUUGGGCUGCUGACUUCGUUUUGUGUUUGAGCUCCGCGCCCCGCACGGAACCGACCCAGUGCCUAUGGCUCUCAUAAUGGAACCGGUGAGCAAAUGGUCUCCGAGUCAAGUAGUGGACUGGAUGAAAGGUCUUGAUGACUGUCUGCAGCAGUACAUUAAGAACUUUGAGAGGGAGAAAAUCAGUGGGGACCAGCUGUUGCGCAUUACACAUCAAGAGCUAGAAGAUCUGGGAGUCAGCCGCAUUGGCCAUCAGGAACUGAUCUUGGAAGCAGUUGACCUUCUGUGUGCACUGAAUUAUGGCUUGGAGACAGAAAAUCUGAAAACCCUUUCUCACAAGUUGAAUGCAUCUGCCAAAAAUCUACAGAAUUUUAUAACAGGAAGGAGAAGGAGUGGCCAUUAUGAUGGGAGGACCAGCCGAAAAUUGCCAAAUGACUUUCUGACUUCAGUUGUGGAUCUGAUUGGAGCAGCCAAGAGUCUACUUGCUUGGUUGGACAGGUCACCAUUUGCUGCUGUGACAGACUAUUCAGUUACAAGGAAUAAUGUCAUACAGCUCUGCUUGGAAUUAACAACAAUUGUGCAACAGGAUUGUACUGUAUAUGAAACAGAGAAUAAAAUUCUUCAUGUGUGUAAAACUCUUUCUGGAGUUUGUGACCAUAUCAUAUCCCUGUCAUCAGAUCCUCUGGUUUCACAGUCUGCUCACCUGGAAGUGAUUCAGCUCGCAAACAUCAAACCAAGUGAAGGGCUGGGUAUGUAUAUUAAAUCAACAUAUGACGGCCUCCAUGUAAUUACUGGCACCACAGAAAAUUCACCUGCAGACCGGUGUAAGAAAAUCCAUGCUGGCGAUGAAGUGAUUCAAGUUAAUCAUCAGACUGUGGUGGGGUGGCAGUUGAAAAAUUUGGUGAAUGCACUACGAGAGGACCCGAGUGGUGUUAUCUUAACUUUGAAAAAGCGACCUCAGAGCAUGCUUACCUCAGCACCAGCUUUACUGAAAAAUAUGAGAUGGAAGCCCCUUGCUCUGCAGCCUCUUAUACCUAGAAGUCCCACAAGCAGCGUUGCUACGCCUUCCAGCACCAUCAGUACACCCACCAAAAGAGACAGUUCUGCCCUCCAGGAUCUCUACAUUCCCCCUCCUCCUGCAGAACCGUAUAUACCAAGGGAUGAAAAAGGAAACCUGCCUUGUGAAGACCUUAGAGGACAUAUGGUGGGCAAGCCAGUGCAUAAGGGAUCUGAGUCACCAAAUUCAUUUCUGGAUCAGGAAUAUCGAAAAAGAUUUAACAUUGUUGAAGAAGAUACUGUUUUGUACUGCUAUGAAUAUGAGAAAGGAAGAUCAAGUAGUCAAGGAAGACGAGAAAGCACUCCAACUUAUGGCAAGCUACGACCUAUAUCUAUGCCAGUGGAAUAUAAUUGGGUGGGGGACUAUGAAGAUCCAAAUAAGAUGAAGAGAGAUAGUAGAAGAGAAAACUCUCUACUUCGAUAUAUGAGCAAUGAAAAAAUUGCUCAAGAAGAGUACAUGUUUCAGAGAAACAGCAAAAAAGACACAGGGAAGAAGUCAAAAAAGAAGGGUGAUAAGAGUAAUAGCCCAACUCACUAUUCAUUGCUACCUAGUUUGCAAAUGGAUGCACUGAGACAAGACAUCAUGGGCACGCCUGUGCCAGAGACCACACUAUACCAUACAUUUCAGCAGUCCUCUCUGCAGCACAAAUCAAAGAAGAAAAACAAAGGUCCUAUAGCAGGCAAGAGCAAAAGACGAAUUUCUUGCAAAGAUCUUGGCCGUGGUGAUUGUGAGGGUUGGCUUUGGAAAAAGAAAGACGCAAAAAGUUACUUUUCACAGAAAUGGAAGAAAUAUUGGUUUGUCCUAAAAGAUGCAUCACUAUACUGGUAUAUUAAUGAGGAGGAUGAAAAAGCAGAAGGAUUCAUCAGUCUGCCUGAAUUCAAAAUUGAUAGAGCCAGUGAAUGCCGCAAGAAAUAUGCAUUCAAAGCCUGUCAUCCUAAAAUCAAAAGCUUUUAUUUUGCUGCUGAACAUCUUGAUGAUAUGAACAGAUGGCUUAACAGAAUUAAUAUGCUGACCGCAGGAUAUGCAGAGAGAGAGAGGAUUAAACAAGAACAAGAUUACUGGAGUGAGAGUGACAAGGAAGAAGCAGAUACUCCAUCAACACCCAAACAAGACAGCCCCCCACCCCCCUAUGAUACAUACCCACGACCUCCCUCUAUGAGUUGUGCCAGUCCUUAUGUGGAAGCAAAACACAGCCGACUUUCCUCCACAGAGACUUCUCAGUCUCAGUCUUCCCAUGAGGAGUUUCGCCAAGAAGUAACUGGGAGCAGUGUGGUGUCCCCCAUUCGCAAGACAGCCAGUCAGCGCCGCUCCUGGCAGGAUCUAAUUGAGACGCCACUGACAAGUUCAGGGUUACACUAUCUUCAGACUCUUCCUCUGGAGGAUUCUGUCUUCUCUGACUCCGUGGCCAUCUCCCCAGAACAUAGGCGGCAGUCCACUCUUCCAACUCAGAAGUGCCACCUACAGGAUCACUAUGGGCCGUACCCCUUAGCUGAGAGUGAGAGGAUGCAAGUGCUAAAUGGAAAUGGGGGCAAGCCUCGAAGUUUUACCCUGCCUCGAGAUAGUGGGUUCAACCACUGUUGUCUGAAUGCUCCAGUUAGUGCCUGUGACCCACAGGAUGAUGUGCAACCCCCGGAAGUAGAGGAAGAAGAGGAAGAGGAGGAAGAGGAGGAGGAAGAGGAAGAGGAAGGGGAGGCAGCAGGUGAAAACAUAGGAGAAAAAAGCUAAUACACUGCGAGAGUUGGUAGAACCUCUCCAUGCCAAAUCGGAUCCACUUCUGUUGGCACUCAACCCAUUGGACUCACAGAUUGAUAAGCUAAUGUUUAGAGAAUUUAGAUCGGAGAGAGUCGGCACGGCGCAGACUCAGCAUCAACCUCUUGCAAGCAACUAAAAUGGCCUCGUCCUUGCUGUUUAUAACAGAAAACAGACUUGUAAAAAGCUUAGAUCAUCAAGUGUUUUGGAUUGAGGGCCUCUCUAAAGGGAUAUUAAGAGGGGCAGGCCACUCUUAAGAAGAAUUCGAGCUUUCUGCAGUGGGACUAGCGUAAGAUCAAAGCCAAUCAAGAUGGAGCACAGUAACAGAAAACUGCCCUUUCUAUGGGAGAACAGAACGGGAAAGGGUCUUGACUGGGGAAGGGCUCUGUGUGGUGACCCCUCAGUUGUGUUCUCCUGACGUCAGGAAAAGAGAGGGAUCAGCUCCAAUAACUAGAAAAUACUGGCUGUUUAAUGGACACUUCGCUGACCUCUUUAAGGCAAAGCAGAGGAAUCAAAUUCUGUAUUAAGUGUAUUUUGCAUUUUUAAAGCUUGACGUGCUGUAUUGUACUAAAUUAAGUGUAAUCUAUUAAGGCAAGGUAUACACAACCUGCGCUGAAACUUACUAUGUUUAUUCUAUUAUGAAGUGUAUUCAGGUGCAACACAGAGACUGAUUUUGGUGACACUUAUGGAGAACAUUCCUCCUGCCAGGCUUCACUAGAUUCCUCAGCUAAAAUCCUAACUUUCUCCUUAUUUCUCGGCACUUGUAUCCAAGUGGUGUGUUGCCUCUUAGGCAGGCAUGAGCUAUUCUUUUCUGUACACUAUUCUGAAUUUGUAGGCUAUGGUUUUCCUUUUUGAAAAAGUAUUUUGUCUGAAUGUCUUUCGAAUCAGCUUCAGAUAUUAUUUAACACUAUGUAACUCGGUCCCCUAUGGCUCAAUAUUGCUUAUUUUUCUUUUGUAGUGGUGUGAAAUUUCCUUUAGUUGGAUAAGAUACAUUGUAAUGCUUUCAGUGCUAAUUGAUGGAUAUUUCAUACUGUGCAAUGAACAGAUAAUUUAACAUUGUAUUUUGAAAUGUUUUUUUCUUCCUGUCACCAUAGUGUGUGGUCUUGCAUAAUGUGAAUACCUGUAAAAAUAUAAAUUACUUAAAAAUAAAAACAUGACCAAUCGGUAUCAGAUCUUUUUAGAUAGCUAAAUAAUUUGCUAGAUAGCUAAAUAUUUGCUAAGUAUGCUUGAUAGUAAAUUUCUUUCUAAAGAGAAGUAAUCUAUGCUUCUUUCUCACAAAUGGAAUCUGUGUUGUGAAUAAAAUCACAUUGAUCUGCCUUACAAUUGCCUCUGUGCUCUAACCAUUUUAAUGUGUUUUUUAGGUGUACAUAUAAAAAUGAUGGUUAUGGUAUGUAGAAAUCCAUCAAAAACCAUUUUAUUGGCAUUUAAUAUUGAUGGAACUGUGUUGGGUCGUUAUGCCUGUUUAAGUCAUAGUAAAUUUUAUGAUCCGAAGAAUUUUAGUUUUUUCUCAUUAAGGAAUAUGGUGAAUCUACUUUUUAAAUAUAAUCAACUCUUAUCUUUGGUUUGAACAUUUCCCCUUUAUGAAUUCCUGCCCAAGAGCCAUGUAACUUGACCUCCAUAUCUCUAUUAGUUGAAUUUUCUAAUUUCUGGGGGUGAAUCUGGACUUUGUCACUAAUGUUUAUGAGUGUCCACCGAAGAACCUUCCAUUCUUUGGGUCAGUAAAUCAGUGCUAAGGACAGCAAGAUUUUUCCAUCUGAAUUGUCAUAAAAACUACUUGUAAUACUCUGAAAAUUCAACCACUGACAUAUAUUUGUAUCAUCAAGUCACAUGAUUUGACAUAAAUUACAUGCCAGGAGAAAAAAGUGUAGAGUAGACUUUAGUUCUUGCUCUUUUGUCAUAUCUUUAUGGAAGUAAGCUUUACUGUCAUUAAAAAAAACAAGGACUUAUAUACACCAGAGUCGGCCAUGCUUGAUUUUGACAAAGCAUAUCAUCAUUCUUACAAAGGUGACUUUACAUGUUCUUCAGAAAAUACAUAGCAAUAUUGGUGGAACCACUCAAACUGUACUUUAAAAAAAAAAGGUUUUUUCAUCAUUGCAUUGAUUUUAUCAGAGAAAUUAUUACCUAAUAUUAAUGUGUGGGCAUUGUUAUUUUGCCUAAAAGAAAGUAAAUUCUUCUAAUUAUGAAAUAAGCAGUUGAAUACAGAGGGAAGAUUAAAAGCCAGCUUUUAAAUCAUAUACUUUGUUCUGAUGUAAUUGUCUCCUCCCCCUAGUUUUACAAUGCUAGCCAUGGCUGUCCAGUUGACUUAUACAUUAGACUGAAUUAAGAGUGCUAGCAUUUAAUUAUAAAACAAUUCAAAUUUCAUCAUUUUUAGCAUAAAACCUAGAAGAAUACUAAAUUAGAAGUUUGUUACCUUAUAUAUAAAUAAAUUUCCUUAUGGUGUGUUAGUAAGUUAAUAUUCAUAGAAAAUAUUCCCGUGGCCUCAAUGCAUAUGUUAAUUGCCCUUUGUGAUAAGAAUAGUGUUCCACAUACUUGAUGUCAUUUGCCUGGAAGCCUUAAAACACUCUGUGGUUCUACAAGAAUGAAUGCAUCUAAGAUUUGACUGGUGACUAAUUCGGCUAUGUCCUGCAUUCUCCCAUUUGUGAUUCAACCUUUUCCAACCUUCUGUGUUUAUUACACGGCUGUGUUGUGGAAAGAACAACUGUUUCCACUAGGACAUCACUGUCCAAUUUUAAAAGAGCACAGUUCCCUUCCAAAAUAUGUACCAAAACACAUUAUCCAUUAUUGAUUUUAAUUCUUCAAGAGCCGAACUGGUAUAUUCAUUUGUUGUUGUUUUUUUUUUUUUUUUUUUUUACUCUCUUUCAACAUUGUCAUCUCAGGGGCAGGGAAAUGGGGAGGACACUAGAGUGAAAUUUUAGGUUGCCAAGUUUUUAUUCAUCUCCCUUUAACAUUCACCAAAGAAAUAUGAACGAUAUGAUACAAUUGACUGUCCUAAUAGUUUUGCAGUCUCCUGAUAGGGAACCCUCUUUAGAGUGCUUUGUACAUAAAAUACAGAAAAUCCUCACUCCAUUUGAAUGUGCUGGGUUCACAAGGCAAUGUGCCACAUAGGAGAAAGGGAAAUGCAAACCUGAGUGACACAAAUUCCACUCAUGGCAAAGUCACAUUCUAGGUCUCUGAAGGACAAUACACAGGGUCUUAUUAGGUAUAGGAAGAAAAAAAAUUGGAAUUUCUCCUUAGGUUUCAUAUUUAAUCCUUUUGAAUCACUUUCUGAUGUUUUGGAGCAUCUAUGUCAUAUAAAGUAACACAUAUGUUAUAACUAGGGGAUGGUACACAAUCCAAAAAAACUGAUCUUGGAAGGAAAUACAUCACCCAAGGACUCUACAGUAGUUGAGAAAUGUGUCUUCAUCUUCUAGUAGGCAAUUUGCAAUAGGUUUCAACAACUUAGUAAAAAAAAAAAAAGAGAACCUACUUUUUUUCAUUAGCUGAUCUUUCCUGUAUCACCAACUACCUAGAAAUCACAUGCAUUCUGAAAGAAUCAACUUAUGAUGCUCAUUACCUUCCUAGAUUCACAGUAUUCCAUAGUGGAGCACAAUAUGAAGGAGGCAAUACAGAGGAUCUCCUUUCACCCCUGCCAAGUAUGACAUAGCCAGAAAUGACCCCUCCCUUGGCACAGAAUACAAGAUAUUGCAUCAAAAACUCAAUUGUGAUCUUCAAGUGUAUUAGUCCAUGAAAUUUUGUAUAGGAAAGGAAACUUUAUAUGUAUUCUUUGGUUUGCUGAAAUUGGAAUAAAAAGUAUGUAAUCUGACACAGGACUAAUUUAUAUGUUGUAAAUAUAAUUUGGGGGAAGUUUAUUCCUGCAAAGUCCCAGAUUUCCUGAAUAAAUUAGAUACAUAUUAAAAUAUCCUUAUAGCAGUAAUACACAGCCUCAUUAGGAAUCACAGAAGGUUCCUGAAUAAGUCCUGUGAUUUGGGUGUGGUCUCCCACACUUUGCCGACUUUCAGAAAACAUUCAUUCAAAUUGCAAAAGAGCUGGUUUUCAGUCAGUGUUCCAAUGGUUGAACUGGCACAUCGAACAAAAUGCAAUCAGGAAGCAGACCUCACCAAGUGCUUGCCUCCUCUUCCAAAGCAAGCCUCUCCUCAAAGAAGAAAAACAAGGGUUGAUAAAGGACAGAAGGCCGAAGAAAAAUGAGAAGGAGAUGAAGAAGAGGGCAAAAAGAGAAGAAAAUAAAGGUGCUUUCAUAUUUUCAGUUGCCACAGUAGCCUCAAUUGACUUAAUUGGUAUUCUUCUGAGAAAAAUCAAGGAAACCAAUUGAAAAUUAUAAAAGAAAAUAAAGGUCUGUUUUUGUCUUAAAUGUUGAGUUCUGUGUUGUUUUGACUGUUGAGCACAGUGAAUCAGAUUUAUAAUGUGACUCUGCCCCUCACUCCCUUCCUUUGAAAAUAAAAGGACUCUUUGUCUAGUGUUAAAAUGUUAAAUAAUUGGUGGCAUUUUGUGGUAGCCUGGAAUCUCAGUCCCUCAUCCUUACUCAUCCCACUACUGUGUCUUGUGCAGUGUUGCAUAUGUGUAUGAUGUGUAGUGGUUUGAGGGGGUGCGUAUCUCUGAUAAGAGCCACAAUAUCCCAUUACUAGAAAAUGUUUCUGUGUUCUGUCUCAUUGUGAUUCCUUGUUCACAUGUGCUGCCCAGAGAUAAAUCCAUACUCAAUUCUUCUUACAGCUGUCAAAGCAGAUUUUUUGUAGAAUUAUGUUACCUUUUAGUUCAAGAAGGGGGAGGGAGUUCCAGUUGAUAUUUUUAAUAGCUGU